GCAGGUGUUGUGACAGACCCAAAAUGGCGCCGUUUUCCAUUUAAACAAAAGACCAAUAGAAUUAGCGAAUGUUUCCAACAUCAGAAUUCAGGAAGAGGCGGGACAACGGGAAGCGGGAGGAGCUGCACUGGGGUGUUGUGGAAUCGUGCUGCAAGGAGGUGGGAGUUAUCAGGCCGAUUUGGUGUCCUUGUCUUCGUGUUUGUCUCCGUCAGCAGCGCCGGACAACCGCAGCUAUGCCCGGGAUAGAGAAGUUACCUCUGGAGGAGGCGCUGGAGGACAGCCCGCAGACGCGUUCGCUGCUGGGAGUGUUUGAGGAAGAUACAGCAGCCAUCUCCAACUACUGCACUCAGUUAUAUCAAGCCAUGCAGAGGAUUUAUGACGCACAGAAUGAACUGAGCGCUGCAACACACCUGACAUCCAGACUGCUUAAGGAGUACGACAAACAG